AUGCCGGUCAUCCCUUUCUUCAGCGUACUACGCGGUGGAUAUGUUGACCUGCUCACCAAGCAGCCAGUGACAACAACCUUUGCAGCAGCUGAGCUGGGGCCGACACCGCCAGCUGCGCAGGGCUACUUCCAGCCUCAGAACAGCCUGUUCAACCCGGCGCCCAAGCCGACAUCGCGGACCAUUUUCCCAAUUACCAUCCCCUCGCUGGAGUUUUGGGAGAAGUGCUUCAAGGAGACUGACCCGUUGAGCGCGCUCAUCACCAAGUGCAACUACCAGGACACGUUCACGACGUGCUCGCAGCUGGGCCUGAUGGGCUACCUGCCCAAGGGGGUGCAGUCCUUUGAGGCAGACAAGCUCACAGGCUCCUUCAAUAUCCCCACCGGGUGCACGGCGGGCAGCCUGGGUGUCUCAUACGACAAGCUUUUCCGGCUGACAUUUAACUCUCCCCAGAUACCCGUCCUGGCUGUCAUCACCAAAGACGCUAUCGGGUCCAUGGUCAGCUACUUCGGCACAGGGUCGACCCAGGGCCGCAUCAAGCACAGGCUGGCGCACAAAGCAGAGUUUUGCUACUCGCCCACGCUGAGUGAGAUUGGUGUCAGCAAGACCGCCAUCUACUCCACAGGCAUGCAGCCUGGCACCGCAGCCUGGAUGUUCUCGAAGAGCGUCGCCCUGGCGGGGCCCUACAACACCAACCGCGCGCUGAUGUUCAAUGGCGACACGGUCGACGCCACUUGGACGCUCGCCGCACAGAAAACUGGCACUGACGUCAACUACCAGGGCGUGGUCAGCGGCCAGAUCAGCAUAAACAACCCCACCCCCGCGCUCAUCACGGUCAAUUCCAUCGUGGAUCAGAUUACUGGGGGCCCGACAGCCACCGUGUCUUGCCCCGUAGGUACGCCCUUCACAGUGCCCGCCUGCAGCUUUGCCACCUGUCAGUACACAGCAUACUAUCCUACAGCGCCGCCGGCCGGCACCUACACCAGCGCCGCCCAGAUCUCGUUUCAGGUGUUGGGUUCUCAGGGCUACCCCUCCAGCGUGCAGGGCACGGCUGCAUUCAACGUGGGCAGCGUGGGGUCGCUUUCGGCGCUGUCCACUAGCGCCGGCGUGGUGCCGCAGGGCAGCGCCCUUAUCACCGACUCCAACAGCCCGCAGCAGAGCUACAUGUUCAGCGGCCCCGGCUCCCAGUCGUUCCAGAACAAGCUCAGCUGCUCCUCUGCCUCGCCCGGCGGCCCCGUCACCCAGGCGGCAACGUUGACGGGUGCAAACGGGCAGCAGAUCACACAGAGCGCGACGGUGCAGAAACAGUGCUACGACUUGCAGGUGUCUGUCGCCCCCAAGGCCUCCCCCUACGUUGGCCGGUGGGGUUGGAGUGUCACAAAGACGGCAUCUCCCUCGAUGCUGACUCUCAAGCCCGACAGCCGUGUGUACGAGGGCGCUUCGUCUGAGCAGCUGGGCAGCAACUACGCCGACACCACCACUGGGGACGUCGUCUACACCGUCACUUACACCCGCAGCGCGCCGGCCGGAGCCGCCGAAGGGAAGCCGGUCUUUGAGGCCAGCGGCGACGUGUACGUGAGCAACAGUGCGCCCAUCAACGCCAGGCUGCAGGGCGUGUAUGUCAGCGUGACCAACAGCCGCCCUGGCGGCCAGCCCUUUGUCGCACAGGCCACCUGCCCUGUUCUCAGCGUGCCCGCCGGCCAGCGCAUCACGUGCCAGUGGCGCGCCACACCAACAUUUAACCCAGUGGGCCAGCCCGUCCGCGCGACGGCGCGCUACCUCAACACUCACAACGGCGAGCCCAGCGGCAGCACGACCGACUUCAACAGUGCCCCGGCCACGAUCGGUGGCGGCACAAGCCAGGACGGCUCCGCGGCCGCCAAGAGCUUCACCACUUCGCGCGGCCUGCUGCAGACCUGGGGCAGCGGGCAGAGGGGCCACGCCAGUGUGGGCGUCCUGCCCGAGAUGGAGGCGGGCGCGCUGCCCUCCCCAACCAUGGGCUUCUUGCCUGAGAUGGAGGCGGCCGUGGCGACCACCAUCUAUGCGGUGGACGGCUCCCCCCUGGUCGUGCCCAACACUGUCGCUAACGGCACCGGCGUCAUUGUCAGCGGCAACAUGCUUGCCGCCAACGGCGUGCCCCCAGCAAUCGCGAUGGCGGCGGCGCAGGGGCGCGGGGUGAUGCUGCCCGGCAUAACGAGUGGCAACGGCUUCCUCAUGAACGAGGCCGGGCCUGGCAGCGCAGCCGCGCAGCUCUCUGGCCUGCAGGAUGAGUGCGCCGAGGUGUCAGACACGUUUGUGCUGGAGGGGGGUGCCGUGAAGGGCAAGCUCAUCUCUGGCAGCCAGCCGACAGGGCGCAUCUGCGCCAGCACCACCUUCACCUACACCAUGCGGUACGGCCCCUACGCCGAUUGCCUGGUGCGCAAGUCGGUGAACGCCGCCAGCUUCCAGACCGCGGACACGCAGACCGCCGGCAGCGACCAGGCUGAUGUGUCCAUCAAGGUGGAGGGGUGUGUCAACCCAGCGGCCCUCAAGAUCGCGCCGCAGCGCCUGACCACCAGCGCCAAGGGGGGCUACACCUGGACCGUCACCAAGCACGCCGACCGCGACGAUCUGGCGCUGGGCCAGGAAGCCACCGCCACCGUCACCUACACCGCCGCCUUCAAGCGCUCCGGCGCCAAGGCUGGCGCCACCAUCGCCGCCGACGCCAUCAUCUCCAACCCCACGGCCUACCCCAUCCCGCUGGAGUCCCCCACGUACACCGCCACCACCAUGUGCGACGGCCAGGCCAAGACCACCAGUGGGCCCGUGGCGUGCGACGGCGUCAUCGUGCCGCCCAAGGGCAAGAUCGGCUGCAAGGUCGCAGCAUCGGUGCCCUGCGCAGGAAAUGGCGCCUACACCAUUGUGCUGGUGGCCGGCGGCGGCUACACCGUCACAUCGCUGCCCACGCCCUUUGUCUUCAAUGCCACUCAGCUGGCAGCCGCCAGCACCAGCAGCCAAUGCGCUGUGGUAAAGGACGAGUUCAGCACAGGGGCGGGCCGCGUGGGUGGCGCAUUGGUGUCUGGUGUGCGCCCCAACGGCAAGCUGUGCGGCAGCAAGACCUUCACCUACAGCGUCAAGUACGGCCCCUUCUCCAAGUGUGGCAAGUACCAGGCAAUAAACGUAGCAUCCCUGACAUCCAACAGCACUACACGCCCAGCCACUGCGACGUCUGCGCUGCCUAUCACUGUGGUGGGCUGCAACGUGUACACCGACAUGGCGCGCACGGUUGACUGCGUCAAGGGCGCCUCGUACUGGCCGCGAUGCAACGUGGGGAAUGACACCAAGUGCGCCAGCGGCUGGAAGCUGCUGCCUGGUGGCAAGGGCAAGUCCACGCUGUUCUUCCCCAAGAGCAACCAACGCGCAACGCGCACAUACAGCGCCAUGCUGGCCAUGCCACCAGUGCCGAGCAACAGCACGGCCUCCAAGAAGGCAUACGUCAACGCCGCGAAGCAGUUUGUGACGGCGCAGCUCAACUUCCUGAGUGGCGCGCGGCUGCCCACGCAGGAGCUGCAGGGUGCGUACGACACCCUGUCGUCUUUCUUGGCCACCGCCGUCGAGGGCAAGGCAAUCGCCAAGCAGCAGCUGGAUCUGGUGGUGGGCAAGACCACACUGCUUUCGCGCUACAACGAUGCCACACUGCCAGCCACGUUCAAGGCCCCCCCCAAGUGCCGCUGA